AUGGCCGCAGCUGUGACGAAUUCGGUUUGGGUUGCUCCGGGGCAGGACGCGCAGUUUCUCCACAAAAGCCACCCAGCGGCGCCGCUGACAUCAUCCGACGGUCUGAGGGGUGAGGAUCAUGGAGAAGUGCUGUGCAACGCCAUGCUGGGAAUUUCAUCUUUCCCAGAUUACAAUCUGCAGGGCAAAACUGAGAUGGACACCUACCUACUUCAUGAUGUAGCAAAUUCAAAAAUGCUUGACAAGGAUAGCGCUCCCAUGCUGGAGUCACUUUUCCCCGAAGACUUCACCUCUUCUUUCAGCGUCAACAUGAGCCUGCUCCUUCCCGACGUCGCCUACUUGCAACCUGGCCUCUGCCGGACUGUGAAGCAAAUCAAAGCGGAGCCACCACAGUCCCUGAUGCACUCGACCUGCCAGGGCAACGAAGCACCAAUGACCCUCCCAGAGUACUCAGGAAUGUUCAAAGCAGCCGACACUCCUGGUGGUAGCUUUUUCAUCAAGCAGGAAGUGCCAGAAUUCCAAGAAAUUCCCCAGUUUCAGAUGUUGAACACUGACUUAGAGCAGAACUCUUUCCCCAUCACGCCGCAAAGUCUUCCAGUCAGGAAUCUCCACGUGGGACAACUACCAGACGCUUCACAGACUGAAUGUUUUUCAUUCGACCAGCACUCUGGCCACCAAUUUAGAUCAACCUAUCUGCCGCCGUCUCCACCAAAUUCUCAGCCUCCGAGUCCAGACAAGGGCAAGGAGAUCCUUCAUAACAGCUCCCCUCCUCCCUCCUACGAAGCCAGCAUUGCCUGUAAGACAACACUCCAGACCCACACCGAUCCCAGACAGACUUCCAGCGAUCCUUCGACUCGAACCCACGGCCAAACUUGCGCUCCUGCGUUCACCCAAUGUCCACUUGGCGGACCGGUUCAGGACUCCAGCCUGGCACCAGCUCAGAUGACACCAAGCGUCGGGCCUCUGUCUCCGGAGUUGGCGCAGUCGGCUCCGGCCAAAUACAACCGGAGGAACAACCCCGAUCUGGAAAGACGCAGGACUCACCACUGCGAUGUUCCAGGGUGCGAGAAAGUCUAUACGAAGUCGUCUCAUCUAAAGGCUCAUCUGCGAACCCACACAGGUGAGAAGCCGUACCGGUGCUCCUGGGAGGGAUGCGAGUGGCGCUUCGCCCGCUCCGACGAGCUGACGCGGCACUUCAGGAAGCACACCGGGGUGAAGCCCUUCCAGUGCGGCGUGUGCAGCCGCUGCUUCUCCCGCUCUGACCACCUGGCCCUGCACACCAAGAGACACCAGAGCUAAGGGACGCCUCAGCUCUAUCUGUCCAGUCUUUUUAGCUUUUCCUUAAAAUGGACAAAAUACUGGGGGAAAAAAAAAACAAACAAACAAAAAAAAAGACUGCAAUUUAUCCUAUUUACUCUCAAAGGAUACAGUUUGAUGUUAUGACCUGCCUCUAAAUGUUUUUUUAUUAUUAUUAUUCUAAGAAUAUUAAAUCUGAUUGUUGCCUUACUUUCUCAUCAACAUCAGAUAUUCUCAGAUGUAUCGGUUCAAUCUAUUUUACCAAAUUUGUCCUUUUUCAAGCCUUAUUUUUUUAAACGAUAUACC